UCGAAAGUACCGAGUGUCGUUUUGCGCCACGCAUCCCCUUCUUCUCAUCGCGCACCUGACUGAAGUAUGCCAGAGAAAAGAGACAGCGCUCAAUCCAUCCGGGAUUAUUCAUACAUCGCAUGAGAAGCAUUUUACCGCGCCGAUCUGUGCCAUAAUCAUUCAUCCUUAGGAGUGGGUGUGCAGGGCUGCUUGAGGAAGCAGGCGCGAUGGCCAGUGCCUCAACAGACCUGGACAAUGCUGAGGCCCAGAGACAGCUCAACAACAACAACAGGCCUGCAAGCACAGGAUUCUGGGAAACAGAGACCACCAGUGCCAAACUAUUUGAGUGCUCUCGCAUCAAAGCAUUAGCAGAUGAGAGGGACGCAGUCCAGAAGAAAACCUUUACUAAGUGGGUAAACUCUCACUUGGCCCGUGUGUCCUGCCGUAUCUCUGACCUGUAUAAUGACCUGAGAGACGGAUACAUGCUCAUCAGACUGCUGGAGGUGCUGUCAGGAGAGCUGCUGCCUCGGCCCACGAGAGGCAGGAUGAGGAUUCACUGUUUGGAGAAUGUGGAUAAGGCUCUUCAGUUCCUCAAAGAACAGAGGGUUCAUCUAGAAAAUGUUGGUUCUCAUGAUAUACUUGAUGGGAACCACCGCCUCACUCUCGGCCUCAUCUGGACCAUCAUCCUCCGCUUCCAGAUGGCAUUUCGCUAA